AUGUCCAAAUUGACGUCGUCCGCCCCUCCUUCGACUCUGUCGCACAGUCUCCCCGCUCUACCGUUUGCGAGUAGACUGAGCGAGCAGUUGUCACAGAGCAAGGAGCAAAGUGAAUCCAGCACCGACACAGACUCCACAGGAGGCAGGACAAGUCACCUUGGAACUCCACUGCGUCCUUCACAAAAGUCCCGUUCGCUGUCCGAUGCGCCAAAACCUGUGUCCGCCUCGCCGUCUGUCUCGGGAGACGCGCGCCCCUCCAGCAAAGAUGACAACUCCAUCACCUCCACUCCCGAAACCCCACAGCGGCCGUCCAUACACUACUCGAACCUGUCUUUGAACUUACCGUCAAAGCUAGCCGGGUCUGCAUCCGUACCGAAUCGCGCCCCGCUCUCUCCCAAGCUUGACUCGUCGCACAUCUACGGCUCCCCAGGCUCGGUACUCCCUCGACGCUCACGAGGUCUCGAUUUUUCCCGAGCAUGCACGAAUCUACACCACUCGAUCAUUGCGGAGUCUUCGCCUGAUUCGUCGCCGACGGUCGGCGGCCGGGGCGUCACCAUCCCGCAACGGCGUGGCUCGCCAGGGUCAACCUCCAUGGGUCCUUUCUCGACGUCAGGCCCGGCCGACCGAACCGCGAUCUCGAGUUCCGUGUCCAGCGUGAACAUGAUGGAAUCUGAUACAAGCAGUAGCGAGGAGGAUGACGAGCCGAUGAUAGGCGAUCGGGAUGAUAUCAUGAUAGCCACCCCCCAGGCGAACAAGAUGCUCGGUGGGCCAAGCCCGUUUGCUGCGGGAAACGUUCCUAGUCCGGGAAACGAUUGGAUGGGUGGGUAUUCACAGGCGGCAGCUAGCCUGUUGAGCUUUCAGCGGGCCCGAUUUCGCAAAGGGCGUAGCAGACACAGCUCCAGCAGUGCCAGUGGAAAUAGCUCGAAGCAGAGUCCGGGUCCUCUCUCUCCACCGGUGAUGAAAAGCAUUGAGAAUCCUAGCGGUGGCUAUUUCGGAUCGAAACAAGGCGUCGGGCCCCGGCGUGAGAGUCUCAGCCUUGGGACUCGCGAUCUGCGCUUGUCGGAUCUGAGUGAUGAGGGCGAGAGUAGGGGUCAGAGCUCGGCUGGUGGUUCUGCUUCUGAAGGUGGGCCUCUGGGUGUGAUUCGGCGCGUCGUGACUCGACGUGGAAGCUUACUCCCUAAAACAAAGACAUUUGCACGCAUCAGAGCUGCCCUCAUGGAGGAAUCUGCUCCUAUUGACAGCGAAGCCAAGCGUGAGGCGGAGGUUAUCCGGCAGGUUCGUGAGAGCGAACCUGAUGUUCCGCACACGUCACCAAGCCUGGACGCCUUGUCGUCCCUCACUCCUUCAGGGCCAGGGGUGAGCGCGGAAGAGGGACCUACGAAGGCAGGCUCAUUUAUCCUGGACGAGCCCAAGUUCAGCGAUGAAGCUCAUCGAAACUCUGCGGGGGCAGAGUUCUGGAAUACAUUUGAUGAGCGUUACCGCACACCACCGCCCUCUAUGCGCCCAUUGGGGCCGUCAUCCAUGUCUGAGGACGAUAUUGCGAUGGAUAUCACGCCGUCGACCACCCUAGGGUCUAGCACAGCUGAGUUCGCUAAACCGUACGAUCGACCGGGAUCGAGAAGCUCAACGCCACAUGCAAGCUUUCCUGCCAUGAGCGAGAUCAAUCGGAAGCGACGCCGGGAAGAUGACUUUGAUCCCAAUCUUUUCAAGCGGAGAGCCGUGUCUCCUAGCAUGAGUGUCCAGAGUAGUCCUGUCAUGCCGAAUUCGCCCGCGGUCAAGGAUACAGGGCACAACAUCUGGGGUCCCCCGCCCAAGUCUAACCUAGGCUCGCUAUUCCCAGAUCGGCCCAACGGAGAGUAUCCUGCCAGAAAUACGCCCAAUACCUCGCACUCUGGACCUCUAAAGCGCGUUGGUCUACAGGCUAAUACUCAAGUCGAAAUUGCCGUGAUGGCUUCCACAGUUGAGCUCGCAUCCUCGUUCAUCGAGGGUGCCCCGCCAGGCGAGCUCUCUGAUGUCGUUGCUGAUAUCAAAACACUUACCUCGGACCAAUCGGACAUUAUUCCCUCGCUUGCGCCUGCGUUUGAACGGUACAAUGAGAAGCAAUUGGCUACUGUGAAGCUGCCCGGAGCUAGUCAGGAGGUCAUCAUCAGUGAAUUCAACAAGUUAGAGGGAAAUCGAUACUUUGAUGUUGACAGUCAGACGUCGUUUGAGGUGGAUCAUGUAACACAGCAAGCGUCUGGUGCGCAAUCCUAUGUUCUGGAAUCGCAAAAUGCGGAUUUGAUCAAAUCGCUCCUCAAAUCGCUCGCCAAGCAUGCCGCGGAACACUACCCCAACUGCUCCUACGGCGUCUACCCUACUGAGGACGACACGGCUGUCGCGAUUCUACUUGUUGCAAAUCGCUACUCGCCAAACAACUUCUGGAACGGUCGCUUCCGCUCGAUCUACCAAGUCCCCGUGUCCGAGUCGACCACCGUCAGCGGCAAGAUCCUCGUGGACGUGCAUUACUACGAAGACGGCAAUGUGGCCCUCAACACAAACAAGACCAUCAAUAUCUCCAUUCCCUCGAUCUCUGCUGAGAGCAUCAUCUCCCGCAUUGCGGCUGCGGAGCGAGACUAUCAGGAGGAGCUCAACCGUGCGUUCGUACAAAUGGCGGAGGGCGCGUUCAAGAAUCUGCGGAGACAAUUGCCCAUUACCCGGCAGAAGGUGGAGUGGGAGAAGGUUGGAGGGUACCGGUUGGGACAGGAUAUUUCUGGUGGAAAGGGGCGGUAG